GCCCCCAAUCCGAUCCCUUGAGCGGUGCUUUCUGCUUUUUGGGUCGUACUGAGCUGGUGGUUGUAGUGGUGGUUGUUGGUUUGUAGCUUGUCCGCCUUCCUUUCCUCAUCCUCCUUCCCUCUCACACUCACUCACUCUCGUCCGCCCCCAAUAAUUAUCAUCUCUCACCGGUUCGCACUUCUUACCUCAGUUCUUCUCCUUCUCUCGUUUAUCUCCAUCUUUCUCUUCCCGCAGCCCCCCCCUCUCUCGAACAAGUGAAGCGAAGAGCCUUCCCUUCCCUUCUCUCAUCUCCUACUGUACCAACCCCCCCCCCCACUCUCACCAUUUUCUCCGUUUUUCUUUUCCAAAAAUUGAAUUUGUUCAGUAUUGCGGCUGUUUGCCGGCCUGGAUCUGAUCGGAUCAGAUAUAGCCCCUCAUUCAGACGUAGCGCUUGCAUACAAUUUCUCUCCCGCUCUUCUUUUUUUACCCACUGCCGUUGUCGGUUGUGCUGGUUUGGUUUGGUUGCCCUGGUGGAUCGCCACCUCCUUCGCCGCCAUCGACUAGACAUUAUUCAGCCCGCCCGCUCCCCGCCGCUCAUCCUCUGAGCCAUCUUCCUGCUCACCCUAUUCCCCACCUCAACCAAGGGCCCCACUCCAGCGCAUUUGCCGUUUAGGUUUCAGCCUCAAGGCAUCCAACAUCCAACAACUCACAAACCUUCUGCUCCCUCUUCUCCCACCAUUCUUUAUUUUUACCAACAACGUCAACGAUAUUCUCCUAAGUGGGGCGAGCCGUUAUUCCAGGGUAGUCCCGUCGUCGUCGACUCAUAAAACCAACCCCUUCCGUCGCCACGGCAGGUUGACUGAGGCCUCACCCCCGAGAGAAAAGUUACAGUCUAAAUGCCCCGUGCCCCGGUUGCUGGUCGUGAGAUACGCCGUCGAAGCCGGAACGGUUGCUGGUAAAAACACUUUCGCUUCACGAUGCUUCUCGGGAGUCUUCCUAUCCGGUGCUAUCACAUGCUAACAAUGUUAUUAUAAUAGGAACUGCAAGGCCAGGAAGGUAAAAUGUGGUGAAGAGAAGCCCCGCUGCAGCAACUGCGAGCGGCUCGACGAAGAAUGCGAUUACAAGAUUAGGUUAUCGUGGGGAGGCCGUCCUCUUAAAAAGAAGCAGUUGGAGAAUGGGGCAAACGGCCAGGACCCUAAUGCCGACGAUCAGUCGCAGUUUAUCCCUGGGGCUGGCCAGUUCUCAAUAAACCAGCACUUUCCUUCCCCGCAAACCUUUGUGCAGGCUACGCCUAGUAACGGAGCGAGGAAACCACCGGUUCCGAGGGUUGGGAAUGGGAAGAAGACUACUAUGUCGAAUUAUCAAACUGUGUUUUCUGUAGCGGAACCUUCGAGCGCCCCGGUGAUGCCGGCUUCAUCGACUUCAUCGGCACCUCUUGAUCCACAAUUGGCCCCGGUUGCCACACAACAGCCUCCACCGCUACAGAGCCCUGCCGUCAUCCAGCAGCAGCAGCAGCAGCAGCAGCAGCAGCAACAGCACCAGAAUCGGCCGAGUGCCUAUGGAUGGCAGCAAGGACUUACCCCAACUACUGCAGCACCUCCCUCUGGAGCUUUUGAGAAUGAUGUAGUCUUCAAAACUGAACAGCAGCAACAGCAGGGUCUUUUCUCCCCAUAUACACCAGUCUCGCAAUCAUUCAACCAGGUUGCAUCGCCCGUUUCUAGCUAUCCGAAUGGCAACGGCCAGAUGCAUAGUCCCCCGGGCCCCCCCAGCCUUGUCACGAGUCCUACAAGCCAGUACGACAGCCAGCAACACAGCUCUCCGACACAGCAAUAUCACAACAAGUCGUUUCAUACGCCUCCUCCUAUCCUUACAUCCCCGAGGAAGAGAAUACGAACCAGCACUUCUCCUAUACAAGCACCCCCUCACUCUCCAUAUACGUUUGAGCAUAUCAACGCCCGUCCAACCGUUACCGUGGCACCGGUUCCAACUUCUCUUAGCACAGCUUUGGAUUAUGUGUCACAACCAAUACCCAAUACCUCAAUAAAUCAUGUCGCAGGAUUGAUGGACCACCACCACCAUCCUGCUGGUGUAGGUACGGGCAUGCGCCGGGUUUCUGUUGAGAAUCUAUUAGCUCCCCCUUUGCGUGAUAGCGAUAAUAGCUAUGACGGAAGUUAUGUUGACCGAUAUCCUUCAGAAAUGGAAGAUUAUAAAAGGGAAGAUCUUUCCCAGAGCCGCACGCUUCUUUACGGCGUUGACCGCGGAGAGCCCGACAUGGACAACGACGAGGACGACGACGACGAUGUGGAAGAAAUCCCUCGACACGAUUAUGGCGGCUACGACGACGGUAUGGCGAUGAUAGGAAGGGCGGCAGGAUUUUAUGGGGGCGAUAUGAGCAAUCCAUUUUACCCUGUUGCUAUCACUAUUCCAAGGAAGCUUGACCCACUACCGCAGCUACUGCUCGAUAAUAGAAAGAACAUGAUGUACUUUCACCACUACUUACAUUACACCGCUCGCUUACUAGUGCCCCACGAUUGUUCGGCGAAUCCCUUCAAGAGCAUUCUUCCUCAAAGUGGGUUUUUGUUCUCACUGCCCCUUAUAGUUUCGAAGACUAAUAGCCUGAUUUUUGCAGUGGCUGUUCAAACCGAUCAUUUGAUGAAUUUGCUUCUUGCGUAUUCGGCAAGUCACCGGGCUAGAUUGUUGGAGCACCCUGAGCCUACAGAGCGGAUCGGUCGAUUCCUUGAUGAGACAGUACGGAGCCUCCAUUCCUCCUUGGAUAACCCUGAAGACGCGAAGAGCGAUUCAACAUUAGCGACCGCCAUCAUGUUGUCUUCAUACCAGAUCAUUUCUCCUAAUCCGUUCUCGGUGAGUGGGCUCACGUGGCAAACUCAUCUCAGCGCGGCCCGGAAGAUCAUCUUGGCUCGUGGAGGCGCUCAGGGGAUGCAUAGCAGGGACAAGGUUUCGUAUUUCCUGGUUAGGUGGUUUGCGUACCUUGAUUUGCUGGGAAGUCUCAGUGGCCGUGACACGGAGGAGCCGAUUUUUAGCGGCAAGUACUGGACAAACGACGAUGGUGAAGGGGAGGCGGAGGAAUACGCAGUGGACUGCUUCUUUGGAUUCACAAGCCGUUGCGUGAGUAUCCUGGCGAAGAUAGGGGAGCUGGCACGGAGAUGCGAGCAGGAAAAGAGGGAGUACGCGGAAAGUUUGGCUCUCACAAACCACGCGAUGCAUGAGCGAAGUUAUGACGAGUGGACACCAACACCCGCAAUUUUCCAGGCCGCCAUGAUAUUGCAACAAGAGCUGGAGGAUGCGCGUGGCAAGGCGGUGGGAAAUUGCGCGCACAGUCAUCACAACCAUGCAGCGCUCCAACAUUUCAGGCCGGGAUCACCGUCGAACAAUUUCGACACAGAGGAAUUGUUGGCCACUAACGACUCGUUCCACUGGGCGGCGCUUAUUCACCUUUACCGGCGUGUGUUGAACUACCACACCCAACAUCCGCGUGUGCAACAGUCGGUUGGGCAGAUUGUGCGGUCUAUGGGGAACGUACGUCCUGGUGGCACAGCUGAGAAUUGCUUGCUUUUCCCGCUGUUCUCGGCAGGAUGUGAAGCGGUGGACAGCAAUCACAGAAAUUACACUUUGGGGAGGAUGAUUGAGGUGGAGAAGAGUGGUUUAGUGCAGGUUUGUUUCCCCGUAUAUUUUUCCUUGGCCAUAAAAUGACACUUUUUACUAACCACCCAUUCUCCUUUCAGGUCCGACAUGCAAGACUAUUAAUGCAACGAGUUUGGAAAGAGCGGCGGCCCUGGUGGGAAAUGGCCUCGGGAGAGUUUAUUGGUUAACUACCCCCCGAACGAUGCAUGAGGAAAAAAAAGAAAGAAAAACAUGCCUGAUCCCUCCAAUUUUUUUUGCCCUUUUGUUUCACCUAUCGUAUUGUUUAGCGGUGGGAGCAGGUUUUUUGGACUUCAAAAAAAAUACCGUUGUUUCAUGUUUCACUCUCGCCUCCUUUUUGCUUCCAUUUUUCAUAUCCAUCUCUCCUUCCCCUCCCGCCUUUGGUACUUUCAUUCUGGUGCAUCAUUCAUUCCGCUUCACUGUUUUAUUCUAUUUCUUUCCUUUUUAACAUGGGAGACGUCGGAUGGGUUUCAUGACGGAGGGUGUACUUUGGAGUUUAUCGUUUUUUGUUUUUUAUAGUUUGUCAUCCUCUUGCGCGUCUAUGUCUUCAUUCCUUUUUCUCUUUUUAUUUCUUUCUUAGGAUGGUAAUGUGGCAUGGGGGGUAAGAGUGAUAUUUUCCGAUUAGGUCCGAAAACUGGUGCCUUGGGGGCGUUUUGGCAUCCUUUUCCUGUUGAUCAUCUUGAGCAAAUAACCUCUUUAUUUCAGGGUGUGUACGGUAUAAGUGUGCAUGGAUGUGCUGUACCUGGCGGGCAGCUAUCGUACUAAAUGCUUCCACCAUCGUCAUCGGGCGACACUCUAGGUAUACUCGAGUAGUAAAGCACCAGGUCAACGAUAAGUCAAGUUUCAAAAGAAGAAAAAGGAGAGAGAAGAGC